AUGGUCAAAAUUGCCACCGAGAAUCAUGACAGAAACAGUGACACGAGUUCUACGGAUAAAGAUCCCUCAAAGAAGCACAAAAUUUUCCCGUCUUCUCGUUUUUUCACCGCCAUUCUCUUGUGUUUAUGCUUUGUCUCGCUUUCUGUUUCCACGUCGAAUCUCGGCGUUUCGAUGACGUGCAUGGUGAAAAACACAUCAGCUGCUGAAUUUGAUUAUGAUGAUACUGUCUUCAUGUCCACAAACAAAACGACAGCACCACGACAAAAGAAUGCAUGUAACGAAGUUGGGAAAACGUCAUGCUCGGAGAGGAACAAAUUGGCAUGGACAGGAAUGGAGAAAGGAUUUAUCGAUUUGAACUCAAAAUGGGCAAUUUGUGCUUCACUCAUUCUCAUUAUUCUAUCAAAUGCGAUGAUUCCACUUGUUGCUUCAACAUCGGUUUGGUUGAUCUUUUUGUUCCGAGUUGUGACUGGAAUGGGCGAUGCUUUGCUUUUCCCAUCGGCUACUUCCCUGAUCACAAGAUGGUUUCCGCCAAAGGAGAGACCGUUUGCAAUUGGAUUUGUGACUGGUGGACGGCAAAUUGGCACUCUUCUGAUCGCUCCAAUUGCCGGCCAACUUUGCGCUCGUUCUGGUUCGACAUUUGGCGGAUAUGAAGCCAUUUUCAACCUCUCCGCAAUCAUCGGCACUUUCAUUUUGGUCAUUUGGCUUUUCCUUUCCGCCGACAAACCCAGCAAACAAUUCUGCAUUUCUGAGACUGAAAAAGACUAUAUCGAGAGAAAAAUCAAAGAAGAAAGCUUGGGGAAAAGAAAUGAAAGAGGGAAUCCACCAUGGAGGAAAAUCGCGAAAUGUCGAGCACUUUACGUGGGAGUCUUUGCUUUAGUCGGACACGAGUUCCCGCUCGUCAUCAUGCUACAACUCUUGCCAAUGUACAUCAAAGAUGUUCUCGGUUUCUCCGAACAACAAACCGGUUUCAUUUCGGCUCUCCCUAUCGGCAUUUUGUGGAUCUCAAAGACUCUCUCGAGUUCAUUGGCCUCUGUGCUCACUGCCAGUAAACCACCGCUUUUAUCAAAGACGACGAGUUGCAAGAUUUUUAACUUUAUUGCAUCAUUGGGUUUAUCUGUUUGCAUCGGUGUCACUCCAUUCAUCGCCUCUCCUCCAUGGUGCAUCGUUCUUUUGUGUAUGGCGAAUGGAUUUGCGGGUCUUCACACUCCGGGCGUACAAACGGCUUUAGUACAAAUCGCUCCCGCUUAUUCGGGUAUCAUCACUGGCAUUUCGUUCAGCGUUGUCGCUUGUUUCUCGAUCGCCAACAAGAUUCUCAGCAACAGUAUUCUUGACCCUCAAAAGGCGAAUCUCGAUCAAUGGAAGAUCGUGUUCCUCAUCUCGGCGGUUGUCGCCAUUUUGCCCGUCUUUUUCUUCACGAUUUGGGGCAGCGCCGAGCGGGAAAAAUGGGCAACCAAUCAGGGAAUGAAUCCCGAUGUGGAGACGCAAUCGCAGAGCUCAAAUGGCUCUGAUAACACACUGACACGAUAUGCUGUGGCAAUCAAUCAGGAUCUCGAUUUGGAGACAGCU